AGCAAUAUGGCAGAUAUGAAUUUAAUCGCUGAUGGUCGUGUUAAAUACAGAGAUGGCAAAAAGUGGAAGUUACGAUGGUGCGCCGUCAGGAUGCCGUCACCAGUGGCUGACCGUUUGCAGGUAUACCUGUACAAAGACUGCAAAGAUGCUCUCAAAGACGGCAAUGCAAAAAACACAUUCCCUCUCGAGGGUUUCUAUGGCAUUGAAUCUGGGUUCACUUAUGAGAAGGAAGACAAUGUCAUGGCCAUUAUUUGCCAGAAAUCGGUGAUUCUUAUGUCUUUUGAAUCAAGAGAACUUAUGAUACAUUUUGAAUUGCGUAUUCGACGAUGUCUAGGAGAAGAACACCAAUAUCGAGUACGGAUCUUAAAGGUACCCCAGGGUAGUAAACUUCCUUUAGAAAAUGUCCGAAUGCAUAUCCACCAUGACAAGUUCUGCCUGGCAGCUUAUAUCCCACCAAAGAUGUUACAGUCUUGGAGAAUACAUGAUUUACGCAGAUUUGGUGUUGUUGAAGGAAAAUUUGUCUUUGAAGGUGGAUCUCGCUGUCGAAAAGUAUUCCAAGCUGCUAGUGAAGGAAAACCCACAGCAGGUGAGCGCAAAUGGCCAGUGAUGCUAAGAAGAUCCCAAAUAAAUGAGUUCUUGGACAGUCCUUUCAAAUCUCAGUAUAGUGAUACACCAAGUUCUACCAGCUCUGUUGAAAUGGACUCUCGAUCAAAUGACUCAGAAUGGCGUAAACGGCAUUCCAUAAGUGCAGCAGACUAUGGUUGGGCACAGGGAUAUGGUGAGAAAAAUAAACUAAUUAGUAUCGAGAACUUAGAAAAUGAGGCCCGAGAUCAUUUGCUUGCUAUUUAUGAUAUCCCACCUCGACGUAUACGCAAAGUGGAAUUUUUGAGUCCAAAUCGGAAUUCUCUCCAACCCUCUCCUAAUAGAAAUACACUAAUUCCUCACCUAACAGAAGGUUCCACAAACAGCAAGUUAAGCUCUGUAGACAACAACAGCAAAAAUUACUUUCCAAAUGCCAAUCGAAAUGGGAAUCAGUACCAUUCAUUUGAGUCUUUCAUGCCAUCUCCUACCAAUGGGAACACUCACUAUGAAAAUGAAAUAACUACCUCCACUCCAUUUCCUGGAGGAAGUGUUAUUGAUACAGAAAUAGACCGAGCAACCACUCAAACACGGCGGCAGGAUGCCCAGAACAAACUACAUAAGGAAGAGCAAAAUCUCCAAAGAGAAAUAACUUUGCUUGAUGAAAUGCUGCAGGUUUGGCAGUUAGAAGAGACUAAACCAAAUGGGGGCCAGACACAACCAAAAUAUGUUGUAAGUAUGCAGGGACAACCCAUGUUGCAAAACAAAAAAUCCUAUCAAAAUACAAAUGCAUGGGUUGAUGCUAAUUUUACUGAUAAUGAUGUUCAGUUCCGCAGUAACAGCUGUUCUUUGAAUAAUGCUCCUUCUUCUAAUCGAACUAGUACUGGAUAUUGGGACAGUGGCAUGCUUAGUCCAAAUCUUCUGUCCAAGCUUAACAAGAUUCCACAAAAUUCACAGCUAGCAGCACCUCUACCUUACGUAAAUCUGGAAAAAUACGAUGUUGGUGAUGAUCGACGGCAUUUGUCUGUCUCGUCAAAUGAAAGUGCUGAUAUUUUACUUCCAGACACCAGAUCCCAAAAUUAUGAUAACUUGAAUCUAGAGUACAAUCAUCCACCAUUACCAAAUAAAACACAACAGCAAAUUGAUUAUCAUAAUAAUAUCUAUUUCCCUCAACAAGAUUCAAAAGCUGAAAACAUUUCCCAGAAUGUAAAUUCCCCUAAAACAGAGGAUUGUUCCAGAGAAUAUUCACCACCUCCUAAAUUACCUCCAAAGGGACCAUUAUUGCAAAAUAGAAAUCGUCAACGUCAGUUACUACCUUCCGUUAACAACCCAGUAUCCCCAGUUCCACAUAUAUCUCGAAGACACACCAUGUCUCCAGAUUCUUCCAGUAGUUCUGAUUUAAGUCCAUAUCAUAUGUCACACAUUGGAAACCCUUCGUCUGUCCGUUUAAAAGAUCAAGAUAAUAACUCUGAUGAUUCGUAUUUUAUGAUGAGUGGAUUUGCUAAGGAAGAAAAGUGUGAAGAGUCAGACCUCCUAAAAUCACCAAUCCUACCUCAUGGUAAUUCAAACAUGACACGUGCUUACAUGGAUAUGGCUGGUAAAUUUGAGAUUCCAACUGGCUUCCCUCCACCUCCUUGUCCAUCCACUCAUAACUCUCCUGGUCGAACUUCCAUUUAUGAUCCCAAUAUAACUCAGUGUUGUGCUCCUCCACCUCCAUUGAGCACAAUGCCAGCCGAAAUGAUGAGAUCCCAGCCAAUAACAACGGGAAAUCCAGAUGAAAAUUACAUGGAGAUGGGAGGCAGCCCUAAAAAAUCAGUUACAGAAAACUUCCAAACCUCAAAUAUCAGUUUAUGUUCAAACCCUAGUUCUCCAACUUUAUUUUCGAAAGAUAUCACCACUUCACUGAGUUCAGAUUUCUCUUCUUCUUCGUCUUUAUCUACAAACUGUAACCCAGUACCAUUUCCUAACUUAAAAAACUUUCAGAUUUUAAAUAAUGAAAAGUCUAAUGAUGGAAGUGGAAACAAUCAAUCUGCAAAUAAAGGAACUAACAAAGAUAAACACCAGGAAAACAAUAUGAAAGCUCCAGGGUUUUUUUCUCGUUUAAUUCGACGUAAUUCCAAAGACCAAACCAAGAACUCCUCUCUGAGCCAAGAAAAUUUGGCCUCAUCAAACUCACCUGUUGAUAGAACUAGCUCAGUUGGGCUGCCUUGUAAUCCUGUAACUGUAGAAAAUGUAGAAUCUGUGCCACCAGAACAAGGUCAGUCAUUGGGGGAACGACAACGAUCUUCCAGUUUCCCCAGUGAGAAUUGCUACCAAGAUAUGGUUCCAGAAUUACCUAAGUGUAAUCCUUUGGUUGACCAGAAGCAGACUGCUGGUUAUCCCCCUUUACCUUUUAGUUGUCAUCGUUCUGGUACUUCUUCCUGCAGUCCAAAUUCUAAUAACACAACACCAACUAAAUGCCAUAAUUGUCAACAAUCCUUUAGCCAGAUGAAAUGCAACUAUAAAAUGCAACCGUGUAGUGUUUCUCAUUCAGCCUGCCAGAGUCCUUCCAAAGAGUCACACUUAGAUACAACUAACCAAAAUCUAAAACAGAUUUCAUCAAUGUCUUUUGAAUCAAAUGAACAUGAAAACUACAGCAGUGAUGUGUCUGAUUCUUAUAUAUUCAUGGGACCACUUUUCGGUAAAGAAGAAAUUCCAAAUGAAAUCAGUAGCAAUUCACCAACGAACACACUUAAUGACCCUUGCACUAAAAACAAUGUAUUAACUGCUUACCCUGUGUCCUCUGGAGGAGGAGAAGAAGGAAUGCCUCCUGAACAGUUCCAAACCAGUACUUCUUCAAAAACAGAUGAUGAGAAAUUAUUAGAACUGUAUCAGUUAGGUAAAUCUCAGCUGAAGGAAGAAAGCUUUGAACCAGCUGUCACUACGAAUACAUCAGAACUGAAAGAUAAACUCAGUUUGCCUUUGAACCCAGCUAUAACUCCGGAUGAACAAGCUGCAGCCAUAGCUCGACAUGUGGCUGGAUUACCUCCAUUUAUACCUCCUAAAACCAAGUCUCAUCCUUGUAGUUUGUCCCCUGUAUUUGAAUCUAAUCCCUGUUUGACACCAGAGGUAACUGGAAUAAAAUUAAAGUAUGAACCUGAAUUCCAGGAAAUUCCUGAACCUUUCCAAUUGAAAGACUUGUCAGAUUAUGUUCAGCAAAAGCAACAGGUGCAAUCCUCUUUACGUAUUGCUCCUGCAUCAGACCCAUUGGUUGAAGAAUCUGUAUGGAUCCCUAGGACCACUGAUGCAACAGAAGAUGAAAGUUCCCAGGCAUCUGAAGCUAAACAACUCAAAUCAAAUGAUGCCAGCCCACAAGAUGAUGAACCCUCACUCACACCUAAUGCAGGAACUGUUGAGUCUCUGUCUGCUGAGGAUGCUGUGCGCAGUAGUCCUGCAUCAACAAUUUUAAGACCUCGGUCUGGUAAAGAUUACCAACUUGUUGAACGAAAGAAAUCUAUUGAUGGCUGCAGUGCUGAUACCAGCAGUCCUCAAACACCACAAUCUGCUUCUGCAGGUCUUGUAUUCACAUUCGAUAAUUUACCUCAAGCAGUUUCAAACAAUAUCAAUAACAAUUCUCCGCCACCCCAAAAUGAAAAUCCGGCUUAUGUAAAUUUAGGCCGUGAUCCAGAUACACAUGACUCCGUAUCUUCUUAUGUGAAUAUAGACAUGACGCCUCCAUGUUCUCCUUUUACCUCUGUAGACCAACCAGAACCCCUAUUGAACUAUGCUGAAAUUGACCUUUCUUCUAAUUUUCCAAACGGUCCCACUCAUAUGAAAGCAACAAAUCCCAGAGAUUCUAUAAUAGACUAUGCUACAAUUGAUAUGGUUGCCACUGUAGCAGCUCAAAAGGCAGGGGAAGAACAUGCUCAGUCUCGUGGAGAAUGUUUUCAAGCAUCAAACCGGAAAUAUUCAGCAGCAAAUCUCAGUAAAGACAGUAAAUCAAUAACAGGACAUCUAAAAGAAAGAAAAUCUUCUAGUGUUUCAGACUGAAAUAUAUAUUUUUAAAUUGAUAGAAAACAAGAAGCUUUCAACAGAAGUUCUUUAUUUAGGUUUUGUUUAUAUAUGUGUG